CCCGGGAUGAGUCAUCGCGAGAGCGGCGUCCUGCGGCGCGGGAUGGCCACGGCGCCGAGCGGCGCUGUCCCGCGGCUCCCGGAGCCGGCUCGGGGGCCCAGGACAUGGCCCGGGGUCCCGGCCCGCUAGGGCGGCCUCGCCCCGACCCGGCCGCCAUGCCCAAGCGCGGGAAGCGACUCAAGUUCCGGGCCCAUGACGCCUGCUCGGGGCGAGUGACCGUGGCGGACUAUGCCAACUCGGACCCGGCCGUCGUGAGGUCCGGACGAGUCAAGAAAGCCGUCGCCAACGCCGUCCAGCAGGAAGUAAAAUCUCUGUGCGGCCUGGAAGCCUCUCAGGUUCCCGCGGUGGAAGCUCUCUCCGGGGCCGAGCCCUGCGAUGUCCUGGACAGCAGUGACGAGAUGGAUGUGCAAGAGGAGAGCAUCCACGAGAGGCCCGUCUCCAGAAAGAAGAAGAGCAAGAGGCACAGAGAAGACCUGGACGGGGCUGGGGGUGAAGAAUACCCCAUGGAUAUUUGGCUCCUGCUGGCCUCCUACAUCCGUCCUGAGGACAUUGUGAAUUUUUCCCUGAUUUGUAAGAAUGCCUGGACUGUCACUUGCACUGCUGCCUUUUGGACCAGGUUGUACCGAAGGCACUACACGCUGGACGCCUCCCUGCCUUUGCGCCUGCGCCCAGAGUCCAUGGAGAAGCUGCGCUGCCUCCGUGCGUGUGUGAUCCGAUCUCUGUACCACAUGUACGAGCCCUUCGCUGCUCGAAUCUCCAGACACCCAGCCAUUCCAGAAAGCACGCCCAGCACGUUAAAGAAUUCCAAAUGCUUGCUUUUCUGGUGCCGGAAGAUUGUUGGGAACAGACAGGAACCAAUGUGGGAAUUCAACUUCAAGUUUAAAAAACAGUCCCCCAGGUUAAAGAGCAAGUACGUGGGAGGGUUGCAGCCUCCUGUUCAGUACCAAGAUGUUCACACCAACCCCGACCAUGACUGCUGCCUCCUGCAGGUCACCACUCUCAAUUUCAUCUUUAUUCCCAUUGUCAUGGGGAUGGUUUUCACCCUGUUUACGAUCAGUGUGAGCACGGACAUGCGGCAUCAUCGAGUGAGGCUGGUGUUCCAAGAUACUCCUGUGCACGGGGGUCGGAAACUGCGCAGUGAGCAGGGUGUGCAAGUCAUCCUGGACCCGGUGCACAGCGUUCGGCUCUUUGACUGGUGGCACCCUCAGUACCCGUUCUCCCUGAGAGCCUAGGCCUGUGUUCUGUCCUGUGGCGGGGGUGGCUGACUGUUCCUCUGGUUGGUGAUGCACAUGCUCUUCAGGCUCCUGGGGCUCCUGCUGGGCGAGGGAGGAGGGUUGACUCAAGAGGAAAGACCACGUGACUUCUAAACGUGUUUUGAUGGAAGAGUUUCAUCUGAUAGGAGAAGCUGGGUCCUAUUUUCUGUUUUAAACUCACUUGGUGCUAUUGAGUUUGUUGUUCUUUAUUCUUUUAUCCCAAUGAAAAUGGAUGAUCUUGCUCUAGGAAAAAAUUAGACUCUUGAAUCAAACAAGGAAGUUGAAGCAUUCCCUUUGGAUCAGAGGAACCUUGGAGGCAUAGAAUUGCUGCUACUGUGGCUUCCAGUUUAGCUGCUCCUCAAAUUCAAGUGACUAUUCUCCCUUUACCCUUCUCCAGAAAUAAACCAGGUGACAGGGUUUUCAGAAUCU